UUAUAUUAAAAGAAAACACAGUUCCUAUUGAAAAUGGACGUGCUCAAUACUCAGCUUUAUUCUUCCGUGCAUUGAAAGAAUUCAUUUUUCGUCAAUCGUUGACCAGGUUAGAAACUGACACUGAUUUAUGAAGAGAUAACAGUCCUUGGAAGAAAGACGCGCGAAAAGUAGGCAUAAACAGCCUUACCACUGACCAUAGCUUAUUCUCGGAUCAUCGACACACUGUACAGCACUUGCAAAUAACCCAGUAUAUUCGGGGAAUUUCAUACCAAGAUGAAUGAUAACGAUGAUGAUGGAGUGGCGGGUGGAUCAUUCUUGAACUGGCAUCCAAGUGAAGGUGAAGCGGACACACAAAGCUCAUCCUGGGUUGACUUGCUGGAAUACGCAACGGAAACAGGUCCUCUGUACGAUGGAGCCAGAAUCACUGUGGUUGAUAGCAUCGGACUUUUGCUUGGAUUUUGUCUGGAGCAUAAUGCUACUAACCGAGUUUUAUCAAGCCUGCUUGAGAUCAUCAGACUUCACAUGCCCAAAACCAGCAGAACAAUGGGAGAUCGCCGGGAACAUCACCUCAAAUCUCUUUAUUAUCUGAGAAAGAUUUUUGAGUUUAAACAAGAGGAUGCAUUUAAGAAGCAUUACAUAUGCGGGAAGUGCAACACGGUAUGUGAGAACCUAGAUGUAGCGGUAUGCGAGUGUUGUAAAGCGGAUGUAGAUAAGUCAGAAUAUUUCGUCACGCUAGAUGUUGCCAGUCAACUCGAGGAAUUGUUUAAAGGUUAG